AUGGCAUCGUUCAUGGACUACCAAGUCUGGGACUUCCCCGGCCAGAUUGACUUCUUCGAGAACCCAAACUUUGACAUGGACGCCAUUUUUGGCGAGAUUGGCGCCCUCAUCUGGGUCAUUGACGCGCAGGACGACUACCUCGAGGCGGUCGCGCGGCUCAACGCCACGGUCCUCAACCUCCAGCGCUUCUACCCAAACAUCAACAUUGAGGUCUUUAUCCACAAGGUCGACGGCCUUUCGGACGACUACAAGCUCGACAUCCAGCGCGACAUCACCAUCCGCAUCCAGGACGAGCUCUCGGACCACGGCUUCGAGAACGCCCCCGUCACCUUCCACCUGACGUCCAUCUACAACCACUCCAUCUUCGAGGCCUUCUCCAAGGUCAUCCAGAAGCUCAUCCCCCAGCUCGGCACCCUCGAGGCCAUGCUCACCAACCUCUGCCGCACGUGCCGCUUCGAGAAGGCCUACCUCUUCGACGUGCUCUCCAAGAUCUACAUCGCUACCGACUCGGCCACGGCCGACAUGGCCUCGUACGAGAUCUGCUCCGAUUAUAUCGACGUCAUCAUCGACAUCACCGAGGUCUACGGCUCCUGGCCGCGCUCCGACGGCCAGCGGAAGCGCCUCGAGGCCGAGCCGUGGAACGCAAAGGUCGAGGACCAGGUUGCCUGCAACUGGGCCGAGAGCUGCAUGGUUCUGCACGACUCGCAGCGGCCCAUCAUGCUGCGCGAGGUCGACCGCUACCUCGCCCUCGUGGCCAUCAUGAAGGAGGACUCGUACGACCGCAUGCCGCUCGUCAACAUGAACGUCGAGGCCGUCGUGCAGGGCGUCACCGAGUUCUUUGAGAUUACAAAGUCGCGGAAGUGA